GGGUUGCUUUUUCUACAUAGUAUUUCACACUGUGUCAGAGCCUGUGUAUGUGAGAGAGAGAAGUAGAAUGGAUAAGUCCAGGAAACAUUUUACUGAUCUUAUAGAUAAAGGAAUAGCGGCUGCCAGUUUACUGCCUCGUGAUGAACUGCUGUUUUCUUACAAUGGAACUCUCUACCCUGUCACCAUUUGUAGUCCUGAAACAUUCAGAGCCUUGGAGUCCUUUGAAUCCAGAAGUGAUGAUGUAAUUUUGGCAGGAUACCUUAAAUCUGGCACAAACUGGCUAAGUCAAAUCUUAACUGACCUGAUAAACAUAUCUAAAAAGAAAACACAGGAUAGAGAAAGCGGUGUGAAUGACGAAGAACUAGAAUUCCCCUACCUUGAAGUUGGAGAUGCCGAGAAAUAUGAGCGAAUGACCAAAUUACCUUCUCCAAGAUUUAUGGUUACUCAUCUCCGUCCUGAAAACCUUCCCAAGUCUAUCUUCAAAAAUAAAGUCAAGAUAUUGUUAUUGAUUCGUAACCCAAAAGAUGUAGCUACAUCCUAUUAUCAUUUUUCCAAUGGCCUGGCUAUUCUUCCCUCCUAUGAGACUUGGGAUGAUUUCUUCACAGAUUUCAUGACAAAGAAAGUGGUCUGGGGAUCCUACUUUGAAUACCUUUCCAAAUGGAACAAAUAUGCUGAUGAAGAAAAUGUUAUGACAAUAACUUAUGAAGAGCUAAAAGAGAAUCCUGUCGUGGGUGUGAAAAACAUAGCUGCUUUCUUAGGGAUUUCAGUGACUGAGGAGGAGCUUCAGUUUGUGGUGGAGAGGAGCAGCUUUGAAUCAAUGAAGAAGAACUCACAGAAGACCCAUGGGGCAUUAGGCAACAUUCUCUUUCGCAAAGGUGCUGUAAGUGACUGGAAAAAUCUUUUCAGUGAAGAUCAGAAUGAGAAAAUGGACAAAGCAUUUGAAGAAUAUGUAGGAGGAACUAAACUCGGAGCAAAGUUAAAGUAUGAAGUGUACUGUAAAGCCUGAAGAGUAAUAAAAUGUGGUCAGAACAAGAAGUUCACAAGGCACACGCUGAUAAUCUGAAUACUAUAUACUGGAAAAUUAGAUCAAAUUAUCAAAGCACCUUAAAAUUACUGUAAUAAACAGACUGCAGCAGCCUUUAUAGUGACGAUGAUGAAUAGUAGGCAUUUGUUUUAUGGUGAGAUCUUUGGCUUGCUUUGGUUACACCCAUUUGCUGAAAGACAUGUCAACUAAUCAUAUUCACAAAAAUUCAACAGCCCUGUUCCAGUAGCUGUCACCUGGAAGGAAAAGCCCCUUUUCUUUCUAGCCAAACCCCAUCUUUCUAGACUAUUUUAUAGUUAUUUACUGUGCAGAUAAUGUUUUCUUCAAAAAUGUUUCAAAUCAAGCAAAAUCUUCACAGAAAAGAUUACUAGCAAAAAUAUGGAUCUGACACAAACCUAAUGACAAAGGAUGUCUUCCAUGACUUCAGCACAAACUGGAUCAGAGCUAGAGAGAGAAGAAAGAAAGGGAAUAAGGAUUUUAAUCUCGCUGAAUGCAAAAUGUCAGGAUGGAUUUCAGAUUAUAGGCUGGUGUGAACCGGAAAAAUUCACUCAAAGGCACUGCUUUUAUAGGAACAUAGAACAGCCCAGGAUGGAAGAGAUCCUGAAAAAUGAUACGGUCCAACCUUUCAUGAGAAAUGAAGCCUAGAUGAGAUUAUUGCAUCUUGAAGACCUGCAGUGAUGAGGACAGACUCUAUCACAUUUCUGGAGAGGUUGUUCCAGUGAAUGAUUGUUCUCACUUUAAAAAAUUUUUUCUUAUAUUAAGAUGAAACCCCUCCUCACGUGAACCCACUGCCUGUUACCUUCUCCAUAUGGCUCCUUGUGAACAGAGAACCUCUGUCCUCUUUGUUGCUGCCGUUUAACUACUGAAAUUCUGUGAUGAGGUUGUCCCUGAGCCUUCUCAUCUUUGUGGUCCUCCUUUGGAACCCCUCCAAUUUGUCAGUGUCUUGAAAAUGGUUCUGUUGAGAGAGUGGGAGUGCCAAGAGUGAUGGUGUGAGACAUUACUAUACUCAGCUAUAUUGUACUGCCAUUGUUAUUUGGCACUGUGGACACAGUAUUUCAGACCUGUCCAGGGACUAAUUGCACUUCAGCCACCUGUUCUGGGAAAAGAAGCAAAAUGAAGUUCUUUAAGUACAGUUGAAUUAAAAACAGGAAAAACCACACCCAAUUUAUAGAUUCACCACUAAGCAGAUAUGAAAUAAAAAUAAAAUAUAAUAAAGUAUUCUUUGACUUUAUGCUUCACUCUUUUAAAGCUUGUUGGUUUUGCCUGGACAUAUGUAGACAUGUAGAGUUUUGCAAAGAAAUAGGAAUGCUUAAUAUUUAGAAAAAAUGAAUGAAUUUGAAAGCAGAGCAGCUGAAAAUCCUGAUGCAAGUCAUCUUUGAACAACUACAAAUUAUGGGUAAGAACCCAGAAAGGUACCAGAUGCCUUGGAGAACAUAUGUAAUAGCUGUGUUAAAAACUUGAGAAAGAAUCAAAAUAGAGCAGUCACCUUAACUUGAUACCUGGAAAUGCACUAGCAAAAAUGACCAAGCAACCCCCCAUGAAACAUUUUGAGGAUAAUAAGGUAGUAAGUAUAAAUCAUGUCAAAGCUGUUUGUGUUCCUCCUUUAAAAGAUAACUUACCUCUUGAAUAAGCCAUAGACAAAAGAUACAAUAGGUGACAGCAUCAGAAAGGGUCUGAAAUUAUAUGACAGAAGAGACACAGUGUAAAUCCAGAAAUGUAUGGCCUUGUAUGUGGAGAUGGCAGUGUGCAAAUGUGGUUAUAGUAAUGAAAUUGAAGUACUGAAAGUAGAUUUGUGUUCCAAUUAAUUCAUACAACAGCUGCAAAAGGCAUUCAGAAGCAGGGUCACCAGCAGCAAUACCUUCACGAAUAUCCACUUGUUUACAUGGAUGUUAUGAACUCAGUUGCAUGCUCAUGGUCAAACUGCAUAUACUGGAUGACAGCAAAACUGGGAGGUCAAUUAAAGCAGUAUCCCCUAGUGGUGAGUCCUGGUCAUAUUCAACAUUGUUCUUAGCACUGCUGGACAAACUAAUAUCACAUACUGUGUCAUAAAUGGUUGACUUUUAAGUCUAGAGAUCAGAAUAGACAGCUGAAAGUACUUGAGAAAAUGGGGAAACAAUUUGAAACAACAUAGCAAAUUGAAAAGACUAGCAAACACAAAGAUCAGUAAAAGUAAGUGUAAAACACUACAUUUAGAAAAGAGAAAGCAAAGGCACAGGUAUUCAAUGGGGGUAAACCAGUGAUGCAGCAGUUGGCAUGAAAAGACCUGAGUAAUCACACUCAGCAAGAACUAACAUGGUGACAGUGCUGGAAAAAAAUGGCCAAAUCUUAUUCAGGUCUACUGUAACAGGAGUACCAUACCUAAAACACAGGCAAUAAUUAUUACAGCCUCUGUUUGCAGGUCUUAACUGGAGAAUGAUGCUCUGCACAGACUGCAAAGAAAUUUCAUCUGUCAGGGAAAAGAUAAUCAUGCUUGAUUCUUUAGCAGUACAAGGUGAGGACUAGAAAUUUACAUAAAAUCCCUUCUAGAUCUAUACUUGUAGGCAUCUUGUAAUAUAGCAGACCAGCUUUCUGCGUUCUUACUGAUCCCCUGCCCGUACCCCUUCUUGCAUGAAUUAUAUUUUCACCAAACACCUCAGUUUAUGGAACAGGCAAAAGUCUAUCAAGUCUGACUUCUUAUGUGAUAAUUUCCCCCCAAUUAGAUCCACACCAGAUUUUAGAGUUGCGUUCUGGGUUCUCACUGGCUGAGCCCCAUUGCAGCUUCAUGGAAGCUUUUGGGUUUUCAGACACUGAUACCACACAAGAACCUUCCCUUGCAGUGAGGCUUUCCAGGCACAAUGGACUUUGCGAAGUAAAUCUGCAUAUCGCAUUUAUUUUAGUUAAGAAGGUGAAAUCAUUAAUCUUAAAAAACCGUUACCUUUGUAGCAUUUUUGGGUGAGAGAUUAUGUAGGUAGUUGUUACUGAGUCUGGAAACAAUCUUUGCAAACACUGGAUGCUACACGGCUUCCAGGGGAAAGACCGGCUCUCUGGGUAAUUCCUCAAAUAAUAAU